CACAUUCUGCUCUGCCUGCGCCAAAGACGCCUGUACCUCCAACACUGGAAAGACGUGCGGGAGGUGGUUACCUGUGACUGUAGAGCCCUGAGGACGAACAGAAGAGACUGCUGUAGCCAGGAGAAAGUGCUGAGCUUCUGAGCCCCUGGUAGCAGGAUCUGGGAGGGGCAAAGCCCUGUAUCCAGAGGGGAGGAACUAUGGAGUCCCAAGGAAGUAGGCGAGGUACCCUUUACCCUCAGAGACAGGGAAGUGGAGCUACUCUUUUGCCCAACAGACAAAAAGGCGGGACUGCUGAACCACCAUUACUUCCUGCAAAGGAUGAGACAGUUCGGAUACGUGAAGACUUCUCUUACAGAGCUACCCUGGCCAGGAAAAAGGCCAUACAUGACUUCCGGGUGAGGUGGCCAGAACUGAUUCUCCUGGAAAGGAAGAAAAAGGAGGAACUCCCCGUACUUGGCCAAAGCUCAUCUGACUUCCUCCCUGUUGCCAGCAGCUGCUCUUCAAUGGUCAGCAUCAUCAACACAGACCUGGACAGCACUCCCAGUGAGCUCCUGGAUUCUAAAGUAUUGGCUGCUGACUCCCAAGCCCCUCCUUUACAGACUCCACAUAUGACCAUUCUCAACAGCUAUCUGAAGCCAGAGUCUCUGACACGGCUGGAGAAGAGGGUGAGGAGGAAGACCCUGGCAGCCAUGGCUGAGCUGGAGCAGGACAUGGAAGCGGUUAAGAGACGACAGUCAGUGCUCAUAAGGGACAUCAAGGACAUGCAGCAGGACAUUUUAUGUGAGAAAGCAGACAGCAAGCUAUUCCUUGAGUACCUACAGCAGAAGAAGGAGGAGAAACAGAGGAAAUAUGACUCCCUGUGGAAAGACUACAUCCAGCAGUGUGAGGAGAUCGAGGACAGGAGGCGAGAGCUGGUCUCUACCUUCACCUCCCGCACGGCAGGCCUCCAGAAACAGCUGGAGCAGGGCAGGAAGCUUGAGGCCAGCUUGAGGAAGAAGAUGAAGGCCCUGGAGCCCGUGGCACAAGUGAAGGAGCACCAGGAACAAACGAUCCAGGCCUUAGAGCUGGAGAAAGCCAGCAUAGGAACUGACCUCUCCUUACUGGACCGCGAGGCACACCUUCAGUUCCUGAAGGAAAGGGCCGCCUUGGAGAAGCAAUUGGAGGAUCUGAACCUGCUGGAGUCUGGAGAGCAAAUCACCAGAAAGCUGAAGAAGAAGGCCAAGGCCUUGGAUGCCAUGGCCAAACAGGCUCACAAGGGCUUCUGGGAGGGUAUUAAAGCUCAGAACAGGGAGCUGAAAACACAGCUCUGGCAGCUGAAUCAGGAGUUCUGCAAGCUGGAGGCCGGAAAGGAGAAGCUGGAACGGAGAAAGCAGCGGUGGAAAGAGCAGCAGUGGUACCUGGAGGCUCUGGCCCGGGGGAGAGAGCGCCUGCAGCAGCAGGAGUACCGCAGGCAGCAGCAGGAGAACCACCACCCCAGACCACAGACAGCUCCUCCACCAGCACUGAGCCGUCUAUUAAGUGCCAGGCCAAAAGCCAAUCCUAAGAAAUGGCUACCACAUCCCAGAAAGCAGACUGGAGCUGAAGCUGGGGCACUACACAAAGAAUGAGGAUGCUAUCUGAUAAUGCAGAGGACAGAGGCACCAGGGGGACAGAGGGCUGAGCUUCUUAGAGGGGCAGAGGGGUCCUGGGCUGUUUCUCAGGCUUGGCUCCCACGCAGUAGCCCGAAGGGCUAUUCUAACUAAAAGCUUCCCUGCAUUGGGAAGCUUUGUUCUUCAGAAGCUAUACCUCCCGUGCUCCCUGUUGCAGACUUUGGUGCUCAGUUCCUGCUCUAGUGUGGCCCUCAUGAUGACAGGGUGCAUUUGUAACAGGUACCUUGCACACAGUCAGCCCAUCUCACAGUAGGAGCAUUGGUGUCUUAGGUGGGCGCAGGGUGGCAUUUGGGGAACUGGGUUCUUUAUAUUUGUGUCCGGCUGAGGCCGGAUUCUUUACAGAGCUGUGGGGCGUGGUGUAGAGUGUGGCCCCGUGUUUGGGCCGUGUGCUCCUGUGUGACAAAUUACAGCCAGCUUUUCGAGUCCUGGGCGUUGCUCCAGGCAAAAAGCCUCAGCCUUACAUUGGAGAAUUUUAGCUUUUACUUAGCUGUAAUAACAUAAACUCAUUUAAAACUGUGCCAAAAAAAUGAACUGCUGAACAUACCUUUGAUUUACAGAGUUAACUUACACAUGAAAUGUUAUUUAAAAACAAAAGCUUGCCUGUGAUUAUUC